UUCUUUAAUCUAGCUGGGAAAAGAACUUCAUUAUUUGUUCAUUGUGCACUAUAAUGUCUGCUAUACGAUAUGGUUUUCUUGUUGGACGAUUUUUUGUUUUUUCAAAUUCGAAACAUGCUACGAAAAUCUUGCAAAGACGGUAUAUGCCUAAUGGACCUCCGUGGACAAAGUAUCAGGGACUAGUCACAACUACUACAGCUUAUCGAAUUGUAAUUGGACCACCUGGUGAAGGAAGCGAUUCAGGGCUUCGAGGAUCUACUAAUGAAGGAGGGGGCAAGUCGGGACGAGGAGGUAGUGGAGGAGGGAGAGAUGGUCAGCUAUGCUGUCCUAAAUGUGGCAAUCCUUGCACACAUGUUGAAACAUUUGUAUCUUCUACUAGAUUUGUUAAGUGUGAAAAGUGUCAUCAUUUCUUUGUUGUUCUCUCUGAUGUCGAUUCUAAAAAAACCUUGAAAGAAAAUAGACACAUGGGGAAUGAAAAGGCAGGGAUCCAAAGAAAGCCCCCUCCACCUCCUAAAAAGGUAACAACAAAUUUAUAUGUACAUGUUAUAAAGCAUAUCAAGUAA